AUGGUGCAAGGAGUCCUGAGCAGCUGCUGGUUGUGCCUCUGGGAGCCAGGCUGGUUCAAAGCUCCCCCCCUCCGCCUGCUCUCUGGGGCCUUGGAGAGCUUACAGUACUCCCGCAUCCAACCAAGUUUCCGCCAAACUGCUGGAAGAACCUUCUUCUGCUUCCUCCAGGUCACCCCAGAUGAGGCAGCUUUGGCCAAAAUCGAGGAUGAGGUCAGCCUUGAGGGGCACGGGCUCGUCACCUGGGGCGCUUGCUUUCUUAAAGGCCUGACCGGGCGGGAGGUCCUGACGCCCUUCCCGGGGCUGGGCACGGCGGCAGCCCCCGUGCAAGGCGGGGCCCACCUGAAGCAGUGUGACCUGCUGAAGCUGUCCCGCAGGCAGAAGCAGCUGUGCCGGCGGGAGCCCGGCCUGGCCGAGACCCUGCGGGACGCCGUGCACCUCGGCCUGCUCGAGUGCCAGUUCCAGUUCCGGGACGAGCGCUGGAACUGCAGCCUGGAGGGGAGGACUGGCCUCCUCAAGAGAGGCUUCAAGGAGACGGCCUUCCUGUACGCGGUGUCCGCGGCCGCCCUCACCCACGUGCUGGCCCGCGCCUGCAGCGCCGGGCGCAUGGAGCGCUGCACCUGCGAUGACUCCCCGGGCCUGGAGAGCCGGCAGGCCUGGCAGUGGGGCGUGUGCGGCGACAACCUCAAGUACAGCACCAAGUUCCUGAGCAACUUCCUGGGACCCAAGAGAGGAAGCAAGGACCUGCGGGCGCGGGCAGAUGCCCACAACACCCACGUGGGCAUCAAGGCCGUAAAGAGUGGCCUCAGGACCACGUGUAAGUGCCACGGCGUGUCGGGCUCCUGUGCCGUGCGCACCUGCUGGAAGCAGCUCUCCCCGUUCCGCGAGAUGGGGCAGGUGCUGAAGCUGCGCUAUGACUCCGCUGUCAAAGUGUCCAGCGCCACCAACGAGGCCUUGGGCCACCUGGAGCUGUGGGCACCUGCCAGGCCCGGCAGCCCCGCCAAGGGCCUGGCACCCCGACCCGGGGACCUGGUCUACAUGGAGGACUCACCCAGCUUCUGCCGGCCCAGCAAGUACUCGCCGGGCACCGCGGGCAGGGUGUGCUCCCGGGAGGCCAGCUGCAGCAGCCUGUGCUGUGGGCGCGGCUACGACACCCAGAGCCGCCUGGUGGCCUUCUCCUGCCACUGCCAGGUGCAGUGGUGCUGCUUUGUGGAGUGCCAGCAGUGCGUGCAGGAGGAGCUCGUGUACACCUGCAAGCACUAGGCCUGUGCCCAGCUGUCCAGCCGGCCUCUCUGGGCAUGUACACGCAGCGUGC